CUACUCAUUCCGUAUGACAAAUUAGAUAAAAUUAGUAUAUAUAUAGAGAGACAGAUAAAUAAUAAAAGCCAUUUUAGAUUAUUUCGUUAAUGUUUGUCAAUGAAUAACGAGUGGACCAGAUAUCAGUCGUUUAAAGACUUUCCCGAAUCUUCCUCAGCAUUUCCUUUACAAUUAGCUCAAGCUGGAUUUUACUACACGGGCACACGGGAAGACGCUACUUGUUUCUGUUGUGGGCUGGCUGACAAUCGGCUUGUGGACUACAGACGAAAUUGUUCCUGAACUACACUAGCGUCUUUCGCCAAAUUGUCCAUAUUUGACAGGCGAAGACACAACAAAUGUCCCAAUACAUGGCGACGCGUACUCGGAACAGUAUGUGGGGGGCUGCCAUUGAAGUUGAAAACAUCUCGACAUCGAUCUCGGAAAAUAUUAGAUAUAAUCCUAGACAAAGUGUAGCUACUACAAGUGGAGCAAACGGGAGCUAUGGAUAUGAAGGCAGUAUUUGUGUUAGUGGUGUACGAACGAAUCAACUAAGACUAACACUUUCACAAACAAAUAGUCAAAUUGAAUACUAUCCUGGUAUUACUACACAAAAACCGAAACAUCCCGAUUAUGCAAUAAAAAGUGUCAGGUUGUCAUCAUUUACCAACUGGUGCCCGGAUGUGAUGGAUCCAGAACAACUCGCAGAAGCAGGAUUUUAUUAUACAGAUGUUCAGGAUUGUGUACGAUGCUUUUUCUGUGGUGGUGGAAUGAAGAACUGGGAAAACGGUGACAAUGCAUGGAUAGAGCAUGCAAGAUGGUUUCCAGAUUGUGCAUACGUGAAACAAUGCAAAGGAGAUAAUUUUGUUAGCAUGUGCCACAUGGCAAAUAUUGACUACAUGACAGCUGAGGGUGAAAUGCAAAAUCAGGGUACAGAAGGUUUAAACUUGGCAGGUGGUAAAGAGCUUAUAGACGACCAGUUGGUACAAGACUUAAAUAGUACAGCUUCGAAACUUGUAAUGGGUAUGGGGUAUAUGCAGGAAGAAGUAGAAAAUGCCAUUAAACUAGCUAGAGAGAAAUACGGUUCAUCUGAAUUGCGAGCCCAGUAUAUCCUCGAAUCCCUUCUAGAUAAUAGUUAUAGCAAUAAUGGUAACAAUAUACCUAUUCAAAACAAUCAAACAGACAGAGAUAGAUCGUCAGCAGCGUCAGGGUGCUCUUUAGAUACUGCGAAUGUUGAAAGAAAAUCUUCUGACAUUAAAGAAGACCACACACAAUUGUUAGAGGAGAAUCGCCAGCUGAAAAAUCAAAUGAUUUGCAAGAUUUGUCUGGAUAAGAAUGCAUGUGUCGUAUUUCUUCCUUGUGGUCAUAUGGUUUCUUGCGUUGAGUGUGCACAUGCUUUACGAAAAUGUGCUGUCUGCCGAUCAGUCAUACAAGGAUCAGUAAGGGCCUAUCCUGCUUAACGGCAUACUACAUUUUGUAAAACGUUAUCAUAUACUCCUGAAAUCGUUUUCUAAAUGUUAUUUCCGAAAUCUAGUUCUAAAGUAUUUCAAGACUAUGCGACAAGGCAUUCCGCAACCUUAUUUAUUUGGAGAUAUAAGCUACAGAAUUCGUAAAAUUUCCGGGCAUAGCCUUUUCCGAUGUUGUUACGUUCGCUUACGCAUAGCCUGUAUGUUUUAAAAAACAGUUUCUGACAACCGCGUCAGGGAGUCGAAGCUUUGGCUCAAUGAUCACAUCAGUGGACUUCCACCCGUGCGACCUGGAUUCAAAUUCCACCAUAGGUAGUUUGUUUCUUAUCAUUAAAAUUCUAUCCAUCAAUAUCCGUUACGCCCAAAAGUCGUAAGAUGGGGAUCGUCCGGUAUACGGACUUCAUCUCGUGCCGAAAAUGGCAAUUUCUAUGCCAAUCAUCGUAAAAUAUGGGGAAGUGAUCUACAUGUAUGCUUUGGUCUAUUUGCUACUUCUAAGUCUUCAUCGCAAUAGUUUGUUUUAAUGUGUACAUGAGCCUGGCUACUAUGCACGUGUACACAUUUUCACAUAUUCAUAUUUCCAUGUGUUAAUUUAUGGCUUGUUAGCUACAGUACAGAAAGGAGGUAGAAACUUUUAAUUAAGUCUUGAAUCAUUGUUCACCUGUCAAAUUUUGUCAUUGGUUUUCACGACCUGUCAAAAUUAUUUACUUUUCAUAUGCACUGGUUUGUACUAACUGUGUAGGACAUUUUAGUCUGUAACUUACUACUCAUUCUACUACAUCAGUAUUAUAUGCUUGAAAAUGUAUUGUUGAGCUAACUGAAGUCACGUAAGAUUUCUAUUGUUUAAGUUUAUGGUCGUAAUAAGGGUGCUAAAAUGGAUCUUAAGUAUUAAAAUUGUUCCUUUUAGAUAGAUAAAGGAAAAUGUUGAGUUGAAUCAUAGUGCGGUUAUUUUUUUUAUAAAAAAAAAGAACUUGACUAUUCUUUGUUUUAUGGCAUUCACUGGAAACUCAAAGCGUGAUACCACCUUUAGUCAUUAGAGUAUUCUGUUGCAUUAUCUUUAUCUUUUUCUUAUCAAAGUGCUAAUGUGAUACAUUAAUUUUAAUUAUAUCUAAUAACAUUCAACAUAAUAAUCAUAUUUUUGUAGUUUGUUCUGCAUCAUUGAGUUUACUUUCAAUUUGUUUUUGAGGUAGUUAAUGUGCUCAGCAAUUGAGGAUGCUUAUUUAUUCAAGUAUCCUUAUUCUGUUUUAAUCAGCUGACAUUACUUGCAUAUAUACAUGAAAAUAAAACCAAGUAAAUUAUGAUGUGUUUGCCUUAGACAUUCAUUUAGAACUGUACCAAAGUGAUCCGAUUUACUUUUAAUCUGUUAAAAACAGUAUAGUGAAAUUGCCGAUGAAAAGAUGUGUUGCAUCGGGAGUGCUUUCUUUUAGAAAUAAAAAAAUGCCAUUUAUUUUUA